ACGGAAGCGCAUAAUAUUUUUGUUGCACGUCACAUUUGAAAUUUCGUAGGCAUUUUUACAAACGAAAUUGACACAGUAUGGCAAGUACAUCUGCUUCAUGGGAAGUUGUGGGAAAAGGGAAAAAGACUAAAAGUCAAAUUCCCCAUCUAACUAGACAGGAUAAGAAGAAAUUUGUGGAGAACAUGCCCAGAAUUGAGGCAAAUGCUCCUCUACAAGAGUCAACUACCAUGUACCAAGCUUUCAUAGAGAAAGAACUGAGAGCAAAUGGAAUUAAUAAGACCUCACCAAAAGAUACUUCUAACAAGACUGAUAAUAACAAGAAACCUAAUCAACCAAAGAAAAAGAAAACUGAACAAGACAAAAAGAAGAAAGUUAUUACCUUAGAGGAAGCCAUGAAAACGAUAACCCAGGAUGAAGUUUCAUCUUUGCUUACAAUGACCCAGACAAGAUUUCCUGAUAACAUUGAUGUUUGGCUGAAGGAUCUAGCAUCAUUUCUUAACAUGAAACUUGAAGAUGUCCAAGAAACAACUGACCCUUUAUUUACUGGAAAACCAAAAGAAUAUCCAGUAAAUAAACUGAACAGUAACUGCCAGGAGAUGAUAAGAUGUACCAUCAGUGAAGCACCUGCUGAAACCCAGGAACACAUGUUCUAUCACUGUGUACAGAUGAUGUUGACAGAAUCAUCCAAAGUCCACUCUACCUAUGGAUACAGAGUGUUUUUACAACUACUUGUUCAAGUGAAACCAAGUGUGGUAAUAUCAAAGUUACAACAGUAUGAAGAGUUGGUUUCCACCAACACUAACAAUCCAAAAAAGUGUUUGUCUAUCUUAUGGGCCCUCAGCCAAUCUGCCAGGGAUUUCAAGUGUGGAUUGAGGAUCUGGUUCAAAGUAAUGCUUCCUUUUCUCAGCUCUAAAGGACUUGCUCCUUUCUGUGUGGAAUAUCUUGAAAAUCUUUUCAAGAGACAUACAGACAUGAAGAGAGUUUAUGGUGAAGUAUCAGUGAGGGAGUACUUUCACAUGAUGGAUGCUGUAUUCGAGGACCACCAUUUCUCUAAUGAACUUAAGAAGAAACUAAUAGCUGUCUAUCCUAAGAUGAGGAUAAUAGCCUUUGGUGGAAAGAAUCCUCCAGCAGCAAGAUCAGUCUUCCCAUCUUAUUUAACUAGACUGACACAGAAAUGUUCCCAGAAUAUGAAAACAGAGCUGUUCAAUUGUCUGAUCAACUGUCUGGUGACUGAUAAACAAUGCUACAGUGUGUGGUGUCAGAUGUAUACUAACAAAUUACUUCCUUCAAGCAUAUUGUUACAAUAUUUACUACAGAACUGGAAUAAAUUGAGAUCUAAGCUUGAUAAAAAGUUGCUCCAGCAGACCUUACGGUCAUUCUCUAUUACUAAUGAUGAGUUAGCUGCACAAGGCAAGAACAGUAUGGAUGGCUAUGGAAAGUGUUCUACUGCUUGUAGGGAUCUGCUGCAUGAGAUGGAACAGGCAAGAUUUCCUUGGUUUUGGUUGAUCUUUCUUCUGUGUGGGGCUGUCUCAGCUAUAGUGGCAUAUGACUUGUUCUCAAGUCCAAGUGUAAAAGAAUCCAAGACCAUGAGAUUUAUGGAGAAUUAUGGGGUACUUGGAUUUUUGGAACAGGUUUGGGGAAGGCUGACUACAUAUUAUGGCAUUGUAUAUGGCUGGUUGAGUGUCAACAUCCCAUUGUACUAUGGCAAAGUAGCAGCUGUUGUUGGACCACAGGUCAACAAAAUGGUAGAGGUCACUACCACAAUGUGGAUCAAAGUUGUAGACGUGACAGCACCUUAUAGAGAAUGGCUACUCAUCAAGUUAAUCGCAGGAUGGCAUUGGGUAUACUCAUUAUCACCAGAAUUUUUCAACCAGUUAGGAAAUUAUAUUUCAAUAGCCUGGAGUUGGGUCUGGGAUAAUGUCAUAUUAAUAUAUGGCCAUGCGGCCAAUUUAUUUUUAACCACGUAUAAGUGGUUGGAAGAAAAUUUAAUAUUAAAUAAUUUUACACCAAAGUCUUUGCAACAGAUGUAUACAACAGGAAUCUCAGCUAUACAGAAUACAACCAUGUCAUUCAUACAAUGGUGUGCACAGAUGACAAAGACAACAACAUGAUCUUACUUAAUAUACAGAUUUUUAAUAUAUUAUAUUGACACAUUAUUUCAUGGAAAUAAGUUUAUUUUUUAAAAUUGUCAAAUCUAGGAUUGUUUGUCUAUGCUAAAAAGGAAGGUAUUAGAUCUUGCCCACUAUAAUCAUAUCUUUUCAACACAUUAAGUUCUAUCUUAAAAAUUAAAUUAAUGGGACUAAUACAGUUGUGUCAGUUUCAUUUAGUAAUAUACUCAGGUUCAGUUCAGGUUAAAGUAGGUAAACAUGAAGGAAGAAUUUAUGUGGUGUUGAUGAUGAAGUAAUAUGCUAGAGUGAUAUUAUAAAUACCUACCUUGUCUUUGAUAUAGACAUAUAGUCCUAGAUAAGAGAAAGAUUAUUUAUUGAAUAUCAGGUUCAAAUUUAUUGUAUAGAAAUAUGAAAUAUUUCACUUAAUUUUUUUGGUGCUUUUAUAAUUGGUCAGUUCAUAUGAAAUUUGUAUAUAAAAUAGUAUUUUAUUGUUUUCUUUAAAUUUAACCAAAGUAUGUAUUUAUUGACCCCUCAUGACAUUUGUUUAAUAACUUUAAUAUUGCAAAUACAUGUUUAUCGCCAACUCCAUAUAUAAAUUCUUAUAUAUAAGAAUAUCCAAGUUGUUUGAUUUUAUGAAUCAAAUCAAUUGGUUUUUUGAAAAAAAAUGAGUUUACAUUUACUAAAAGUAUAUACUUAAAAGUGAAAAUGUUCAUCUGGAUAGGAAAAUGGAGUUGACAGAUAGUUAUGUGGAAUAAAUAAAGCUGUAGAAAGUUUAAAUGUGAAUAUUCAGUUUGAUGAGUCAUUGUUUAUCUGACGCAAAGUACAAUGCAGUUAUGGCUGUUCUUGUGUGGCCAUUAAAUAAAUUUAUGAAAUUUA